UAGACAAAAAAAAGUAAUUAAGAUAUCGUCGAUCUUGUAAUAUUAGAAAUGACAUAGUUUGAUACCGAUCGACUGAUGAAUAUUGAAAGUGCGCAACGAUUGUUGAAUAUUGAUAAUCAUUGAGAAAGAAAUUUCAGUUUUAUUUUUUGCUCUUGUAAGCACGAAACGAUUCAACGAUUAUUAUUAUUUGUUUGUUCUUUUUUUGCCCCCUUAUUUAUUCUUUGAACCAACACUCGGGUCAAUUGUGAAUAUAUUAUUAGGAAGAGUGUUGUUUAAAUACGUUGUGUAUAAUAUGUCAUUAUCGUAUCGCAUUUGAUUAAGAACGAUGAAAAGUAGUAAUAACAAUAUGGAUUAUAUCGAAUAACGAUAACAAUGAUAUUAAUAAUAGUAACAACAAUAAUUAUUACAAUAAUAAAUCUUAACCAAUUUGUUACACUUAUAUGUAAUUGUCGCAUUAUUUUCUAGGAGACUAUCUGGGAUCGAUUCGACCUGCCAAAUACGAGCAAAGUUGUACCCAUACCGUUAGCCAUUCCAAUCCUUUGCAAUAUUUACCAUCGGCCAUUUUACAAUUACAUGCUUGUGUAGUACGUGAGUACGGACGAAUAGUCAUAGCAUAUACAUAGAAAUAGUAAUGGUAUCACCUUGAUAUUGUAGAAAAUUGUGUGAAUGAACGAUUGAGGAUUGAAUGAGAGAAGCCUGGAAACCGGCAAUCAGACGUGCGUCAAGAUGGCGGACAUCAACACCGGCGACGUGAUCGUACGACUCGCACGACGUUCGGUCUUCUUUUGUUCAACGGCUCUAGCCGGAUCAGUUCUAGAACAUGGAAGAAGUAGGAACAACGUUAAUUUGCGGUCCGUCCGAAGUCACGGACACGUUCGUGUUCGAGGGUGCACUGCAUUGGGCUAGAGAAGGGCGGCGCGUCGUUUACGUGACGCCAGUUCCCCUCGAAUCCUUGCCCCCUAGGUAUCACGAGAGCGUUGGAUUCCGUGGAGAGCAUUUAGGGAUUCUUCAAUUAAUAAAAUUCAUGUAUCUGCCGGACUAUCGAAGCUUGGCAGACAUCUUGGUAGACUUGGAUACUUUCGUUGCGCCGCCCUCUGUCUUGUUCAUCGACAAGUUAGAAAACUACACCCCAAACUCGGGGGAUGCUGGUCCAGGUAGCGCUGAAUUACUGAUCGCUAAAACAUGCGCCGUUGCUAUGGAUACCAUGAAAGCCUGCUCUCGAACUCUGAAGAGAAAGGUUCACUUAUGCGCAACUUUGCCAGCUGAAGCUCUCGGUAAGGUUCAUUCCAUUUACUUCGAUAAUAUUUGGCGCUGCUCUAUCGACGAGACGAACCCAAGUGAUCCUGAGCCUGAGGGGAAGACGAUCAUCUUCAAAAAGGUUACCUGCGCUAUCGAUGAACAGGCCUUCAAAUUCAAAUCCUUGAGGGACGGGACCAUCGUUCUGCAAGAAAUCUUCAAAGAGGUUUACAAAUAUGCUUAAUUAUCUUCCUGUUAAUUGUCACGAAUGAAUCGGUAUGAGACUGAUUACUCUCCACGGAUAUAUAGAACGAUCCACACACAUAAUCAUGUUUUCUUGUUCUCUCGCUAUCCACCCAUAAUCAAUUUGUGUUGGAAAUAUUGGAACGAUAUUUUUCAAAUUACUUCCUAGAACUUUGGUAUAGGUAUUGUACCCUCGACAUGUUUUCUUUCCGAGAAGCUAAGCCAAUCGUUUGGCGAUAUCUAAACGAGCUACACGGUGGACCUGCACUUGGAAUUAGGAUAUGGGAAAUUCUUGAAGCAUUGCCACAGCUUAAAGGAUCCCGCGGGCACCGGUCGCCCCGAGUUCCAUCGAAGGUAGGAGGAUACGGCGAUGGUAAUGUAACGGAGCGGAGGAGGAGGAGGAGGAGGAGGUAGGCAGAGGAUAGCCUGCGGUGCUGCAGCGCAGAAUGCGACGGAGUCAAGUGCAUCGGAACGGCUUCGACGGCGUCCCAUUGUCUGGGCUAUCUCGGCUCCUCGUGGCGACUCGCAGACCUGUUCGGCUAGAUUUUUCACACCCCGAACAUUCGAGGACCAUUACACUUGAUGUUCCAAUUCCAAAUAUUGCCGGGGACGUUGUCGUCGAACGGUCUGACGAAAUUCACCCAGAGACGUUCGAAUUGUACCGGAGUUUAUUUUACGC